AUGUUGGAUAUUCUAUCAGAAGAUGUUAUUUGGCGAGUUUUUAAAUAUCUCGACAUAAAAAGUAGAGUAAUACUUGCAGUGACUAAUAAAGCUUUCUACAGGUUGUUUAAUAAGUGGGAAGAUGUACUGUACUGCUCUAUUCGUCUUGAUGGCAUUACUUUGGCUGGAGAAGAUUUUAUUUUAGAAUUAGAGCGUACUCAUUUGCGAGCAACUAUACUGGCGUUAUUGAGACGUUGUCCACUCAUUCGCAAACUUGCAAUUCACGAUGAACAAGCAUUAUACAAUACCGCCGAUAUCACAUUACGUAUGUUAGUCAACGUUGAUGAACUUCAUAUUCCAUGCAACAUCUUUUCAAAAAGUUUAUAUGAUCAGUUGAUUACAUCUUUAUUUUCAUUUCCAAAAUUACAUACGUUACAUAUUCAACAACGAUAUAGCGACGACAAAUGCAAUUCUAAUAUUUUGCAUAAGCAUCAAGUAGAAAAACUUGUCUCAACUGUCGUUAAUAAUAUCAAAUUACAGGGUGUCGUCGUCACAGGAUCAGCUUUGACUUUCCUCUGUUGGAAAUACCGGAAAACUUUAGAAACUCUCUGCUUACAGGGUGCUUUACUACCAUCUUAUGAUGCUCCGGAAUGCUUCCGUGCUAUUAAUUCUCUGAAUCGAUUGACAUAUUUAACUGUGGCUCCAUCGCUCUAUUCUAUCAGUAGUAUCAACAAAACUUUUUACACAAGUUACCCUAAUCUGAAGGACUUGAAAAUGUUGAAAGUUAUAGCAGUUUAUGUAUCAAGACCUGAUAUAUCACAAUUAAAAAUUCUUUUAAAUCAUAUCCUUCCACCAACUGUACAACAAUUAUUACUUUAUGACGAAAGUUAUCGACUGUGUUAUCAGACUGAGGAAGACCUGAAAAGGUCAAACUGUAAGAUCACAUUUUGCCGCGAUGAUGAUAUUAUCAUUGACAGUUACUGGAUGAAUGGUAAAAGUGAACUUCUAACACAUACCUUGUGGAAGCCACCUUACAAACGAAAUAUUUACCUACCAAAUACGUACCCUGAAUGGUACUGUAUUCUCAGUGAACUUAUGGAAACUGCAGUAUUGAGUGAAUAUUCAUGCAUUUCAUCUAUGGAAACAAGUACUGCUCCUGAUAAUUCUGAAAAUAAUGAAAAUACUUGCAUCGAUCAGUCUUAUCGUGCAAGACAGCUCGAACAAAUGUUAGCAGUUGAAUUGAACGUACUAUGCCGAAUAGCAUGA